AUGGGCUACCAGCAGCCAAGGAACUGCAGCCACAAACUGCCCGGCAUGCUGCACCUGAAGAACUGCCUCAAUGUGGUCCACCCACCUGAUGAUGUUCACUUCCCCCUGACGGAGCGAGAGAAACGCUCGCACGAGAAGAACACCGCAAAGGAACCCAACCGGACAGAAGCGUUUUCAAGCACACGACCGAUUGUUCUCGAAACAAUACCCGCUGCCAUCGCGGUGCCCGUCAGCGGAGAGCCGGGCGGGGAGAGCAGCGCGGGCAGCACGCCGGCUGACGGCGCGGGCCAUUUCCUGCGGGGCAGCGCCGCGAUUUACAUGAGUCCCUCCCGCCCGGCUGGGAGGCACCGGGACAUGCCCAUUGCGGUACUUUCCGGCUUCCUGCAGAAAAGCCAGCGUGCGGCGGGCGGGCCGCUCAUUAUGACUCGGCGAUUCAUGUUUCGGGGCAGGACCCGGCGGUCGCGGCGCGGGGCCGAGCGCACGUGCGGGCCGUGCCGUGCAGGCGGCGCGCGGGCGCGGGGCCCCCCCAAGGUCGUGGACACGGGAGGGGGCUUCUUCCUGGAGGAGGAGGAGGAGGAGGAGGAGCAGCGCGGCGGCGCCGAGAGGAUCGUGCAUCCCCCCGCGCCCGUGCUAGAGUUUGACUAUCUGAUCUGUGGAGACUGUGGCAAAGAAUUCAUGGACUCGUACCUAAUGCAGCACUUUGAUUGGGCCACGUGCGAUAAUUGCAGGGAUGCUGAAGAUAAACACAAGCUCAUCACAAGGACGGAAGCAAAAGAAGAAUAUCUCCUUAAAGACUGUGACUUGGACCAGAGGGAGCCGGUGCUUAGAUUCAUUGUGAAGAAGAACCCUCAUAAUCCACGGUGGGGUGACAUGAAACUUUACCUAAAAGUGCAGGUCAUCAAGCGUGCUCUGGAGGUCUGGGGCGAUGAGGAAUCCUUGCAGGAAGCAAAGGAGCUCCGCCGUGACAGCAGAGAGAAGAUGAAACAGAAGAAGUUUGAUAAGAAAGUUAAAGAACUUCGCCGCGCGGUGAGGAGCAGUCUGUGGAAGAAGGCAGCCAGCAUCCAUGAGCACGAAUACGGACCAGAAGAAAACGUCGAUGAAGAGACGUACAAGAAGACGUGCACUGUAUGUGGCCAUGAAUUAACUUACGAGAAGAUGUAGCGUUAAUCUGUUUAAUUCCACUAUUAUCAUUAUUGUCAUUUUUAAUCGUAUUCUUUAUUAAAGAAAAGGCAGUUGUGAACAA